AUGAUGGUGCCGGCAAAGCGGCGGUUGAGGGCCGUGGCGGUGAUGAGGAAGAUGAUAACGUGCGCCAUUUGCGCAUUCGCGAUGGUGGCCGUGCUCUCCGUACACGUGCACGUUCAGGUCUUCCCUUCCAGAGUUCCCGUAUUGCCUGAUCCUUACAAGCUCCCCACUACCACCACUCAGAAGGGCAGGACUGAACAGCAACAGAGCUGGAGUAGAGAGGUUGUUCCACCCCAUUCCAAGGCACCAAUUGGUCCUCACCAGAUUCGACAGUUGGAAGGUAUUACUGCUGUACCUGCUCUGAAGCUAUGGAAGCCUCCGCCGAAUCGUGAUUAUUCUCCCUGCGUGGAGCCUAGUUCGAACUAUACAGCUCCUGGAGAGUCUAGUGGUUACCUAUUAGUUCAUACAAAUGGCGGGCUUAACCAGAUGAGAGCCGGGAUUUGUGAUAUGGUUGCUGUUGCUCGUAUCAUUAAUGCCACUCUUGUGGUUCCUGAGCUAGAUAAAAAUUCUUUUUGGCAAGACACUAGCAACUUUUCAGAUGUUUUCGAUGAGGACUAUUUCAUCAGUUCUCUGGCUAGUGAUGUUAAAAUUGUGAGAAAACUUCCCAAGGACAUGUUGGGCGUCACUAAAGCCGUUAAGCAUUUCAGAAGCUGGUCUGGGAUGGAUUACUACCAGGAAGAGAUCACUAGCCUUUGGGAAGAUUAUAAGGUUAUUCGAGCUGCUAAAUCAGAUUCCCGCCUAGCAAAUAAUAAUCUUCCUCCAGAUAUCCAGAAGCUACGUUGCCGCGCAUGCUAUGAAGCACUCCGGUUUUCACCUCAAAUUGAAGCCAUGGGAAAAUUAUUGGUGGAUCGAAUGAGAGCUUAUGGUCCUUAUAUUGCCUUGCAUUUGCGAUAUGAGAAAGACAUGCUUGCAUUCAGUGGGUGCACACAUGGUUUGUCUGCUUCCGAAGCUGAGGAACUGAAGAAGAUCAGGGACGACACGUCUUACUGGAAAAUCAAAGAUAUUGAUUCUGAGGAGCAGCGAUCCAAAGGCUAUUGCCCCUUAACUCCAACAGAGGUUGCUAUGUUUCUUACAGCUCUUGGGUACCCAUCAAACACACCCAUAUAUAUUGCUGCUGGGGAAAUAUAUGGUGGUGAUGCUCAUAUGGGUGAACUCUUGUCCCGCUAUCCUUUAUUAAUGAGCAAGGAAAAAUUGGCUUCAGUUGAAGAGCUUGAACCAUUUCGCAAACACGCUUCUCAAAUGGCUGCUCUCGACUAUAUUGUGUCUGUGGCAAGUGCUGUCUUCAUCCCAACAUACUCUGGUAACAUGGCAAGGGCAGUUGAAGGUCAUCGUCGUUAUCUAGGACACAGAAAAACCGUGUCACCAGACAGGAAAUUGCUCGUUCGUCUUUUUGACAAAGUUGAAAGGGGGAAAUUGAAAGAAGGCAAAAAUCUUGCUACCCGUGUCAUCGAACUGCACAAGAAACGGCAAGGAUCCCCAAGGAAGAGGAAAGGACCCAUCUCAGGAACUAAAGGCAUGGAUAGGUUUCGUUCAGAAGAAGCGUUCUAUCAGACAUCCCUGUACAGCCAAGCCAGGAUAUCUCCCAAAGUUGAGGAUGAGCAGCAACCAGAGGGAGGGACAGCAGAGGCUGGUUGUGGGUCCAGGGAUACGGAAUGUACAUAUGAUAUUUGUGAGUUGUGA